GUGCGAGGGGUGUGCGAGGGGUGUGGACUGGAUGUGCUGUAGGUAUAUUGAGGAGUUGGGGGUGUCUUGAGGAGUUGGGGUGGAGUGGGCAUGAGAUGUCACUCGGUUUCGCGAUAUUGACAAUGGUCAUACGGAUUUCGGGGAAUACUUGUGCUGGUGGUAGCCAUAUACCCUACUAUAGCCAUAUCAACAGUCGGUACCGCCCAUCUGUAGAAUGUAUGCACGCGCCUUCUCGGUCCGGCGGGGCUGCGGGUGCGGAUGCGGGUACUUACCGGACCAAAAGGGAGGGAGGGAGGCUGCUGGGAGCUGAAUGGUCCAUCCCGCACGACGAGGAGGAGGAGAAGUUGUGUGGCGCUGCAGAAUUGGAUGGGCGGGAGGGGAGGCAUCAUUCACCCUAUCAAAUUAUUCGCUCCGGAGGGGAGAGGAAUCAUCCGUAACGUGAAUGAGAGCUCGAACAUUAUUCAUGUAAAAUCACUCGCUUGCUGCGUAGUUGCGGGGUCAGGUCAACUUUCAACCGUCACUUCGCGCUUGGCCAGUCCCUGAUUGGAAAAGUUGGUGGAGUUGGCGGAGUUGGCACAGUUGGCACAGUUGGGAAAGUUGGCGUUGGAUGUGGCAUGUGAAAAACGAUUGACG